AUGACGGACAAGCUUCCGCCCCAGCUGUUGGCGCUCUUCGCACCUCGACCUCCCCUGAGAUGGGUCAAUCAUAUCGAUGAGGCUCCCGAGAACCGUCGCACUGCCAACGUCGCAGGUCUCGCCGAGUACCUGCCCGCCCUCCGCGCCUACAAGGACAAUGAUGGAUACGUGCCCACCGAGAGUUGGUUGCAAAUGCGCGAUCGCAAGAAGCGCGAGGCCGAGGAGAGACGCGUGAAGCUCCUGAAGGAAACCCCCAAGGACUACAACCCCGACCAAGACCCCAAUAUUCGUGGCGAUGCCUUCAAGACACUAAUUGUGGCGCGCUUGAGCUACGAUGCCAAUGAGUCUGACCUAGAACGCGAGUUUGGAAGAUUUGGACCGAUUGAGCGAAUUCGCAUCAUCACCGAUACACAUGCCCACGAGAAGCCCAACAAGAAGAAGAAGCCUCACCGCGGAUACGCCUUUGUUGUAUUUGAGCGUGAGAAAGACAUGAGAGCUGCACUAGAUGGUUGCGAUGGCAUUCGUAUCAAAGACCGACGCAUCAAGGUUGAUGUAGAAAGAGGCCGAACCGUCAAGGGCUGGAGACCUCUGCGCCUCGGUGGUGGCCUUGGCGGACGUGGAUAUACCAAGGCCGUUGGGCCUCGCCCCAGCGCUCCAGGCGGCUUUGGCGGUGGCUUUGGAGGACGCGAUGGCUUCCGCGGUGGUUUCGGUGGUGGUCGAGGCCGGGGCGGUUUCGGUGGAGGUCGCGAUCGUGGGUUCGGUAACCGUGGAGGUGGCUUCGGCGGGGCUGGAGGCGGCGGCGGCGGCGGCGGUGGUCGCGACCGUGGUUUCGGUCAACAAAACGGCUAUGGCGCUCCUCCUAAUGCACCAGCAGGCCCUGGCUUUGGCGGCCGUGAUCGGGACGGGGACCGCAAUGGUCCUCGUGGUGGGUAUGACCGUGGUGGUCGCUCAUAUGAUGACAGGUCUGGACGUGACGGCGGCAGAUAUGGCGGUGACCGUGACCGACGCGGUGGCGGCGGCGGCGGCGGCAGCAAUGCCAACUACGAACCUGUCCGUGGCGACCGAGGAGGCCGUGAUUUCGACAAGCCCAGAGACGAUGACCGAUUUGACAGCCGGAAACGUGGAUUCGAGGGAGGAUAUGAAGACCCUCGCAAGCUGCGUCGUUACUAG